AAUCCAGAGAUAAACACUGAUAUAUUGAAAACUCUUCGAAUACAUUCAAUAUGGAGGCUAUGCUUGUUCGGUCUCCUCUUGCUUCUUACUGCUUCACUUCCAACGCGAGAGCCAAUGUUCGUGUUUGUUACCAAGGCCAACGCGGCAGGAUUGGAAUGAGUAGUUACGACGAAAAAUCUGGUUGGGCGAUAGAGGCGAGCCCCGGGAGUGCUCUCUUGAACAACGGAAUUGCGGUCACGGGCUGGGAUUAUGGUGACGAGGUAUGAUACUUGGAAUAUCUAUAGUAUAUAGUUGGGGGAUAUGAUAGGAUGCUGACAUAGACUAGGAACGUGUCUACUUCAUCGGGAAAGGUGACAAGAUUUUUGAGGUAUGCUAUGAACAAAUUUUCCGAAAUACAGUUUAUACCACUUACCAAUACCUCAUCUCCAGCGCCGCCGCAGCAACCGGGGUGAUUGGUCGGACGGUAACUUUCCUCUAACUUACCAGGCAGCUCACUACUCCAACCUUGCUGCCAUUAGUUUUGAGGGCAACGAUGAAACCAGGCAAAUCCGCGUCUUCUUCCAGGCCAAAGACAAUAUCAUCCAUGAGGUUUGCGGGGAUGGUGAGGGAAAUUGGAGGGAGGGACAAACAUUUUCUGCCGCUACACCGGCCACUUGCAUCGCUUCUUCCCAAGAUCCUGAUAGGGCCUACUACUAUCGGUUGUUUUACCAGAAACCCAAUACAGCCUUUAUUGAGUAUGUUAAGGAAGAGGACAUAGAGUGGCAGGAGGGUAAGUUUUCUGUGGCCCAGAGACCAAUGUCCUUAGUGCUGUUACUAAGCCCUACUAUUCAUUAAGGUACCUUUAACUCUGAGGCAGUGUAUGAUCCUGGUGCUUCCAUUACUUGUACAUCGUAUGGAACAGACAGCCACCGUGUCUUCACGGUUAAUAGCCACAACCGGCUUUGUAUAACCGAGUGCGGUUCUGGCGAUGACUGGUCUAACACACGGACGAUCACACGCACUAUGCCAUCCUCCCCCACCACCGCCGUCUCAGCUAUCGGCGAUCCUGUGCCUGUUCGGGUUUACUUUCAGGUUCAGGGGAGUCAAAUCACUGAGUGGGGCACCGACAAUGAUAUGGUGGAUUAUGAUGUGAUAACGGAGUCUGUCCCAACUCAAGGUUCGGGAUAA